CAGUCCCCCCACGGCGUGACGGUGGCCGUCGACUCGCGCGCCACGGCCGGCUCGUACAUCGCCUCGCAGUCGGUGCUGAAGGUGCUGCCCAUCAACGCGCGCAUCCUGGGCACCAUGGCGGGCGGCGCCGCCGACUGCAGCUUCUGGCAGCGGCUGGUGGCGCGGCAGUGCCGCGUGCAGGAGCUGCGCAACAAGGAGCCCGUCUCGGUGGCCGCGGCCUCCAAGCUGCUGGCCAACCUG